AUGAUCCUCCGACCGCCAGUCCCGCGAUCAAUUGGAAUCAAGAGUGCAGAAACGGUCUGCUUGCGAUGUCUACGGAAACUCCCCCGCCCUAACGUCCCAUCGCGAAAGCUCUUCUCGUCCAACACCUCCCCGCGACAAGGUGCAAUAGCUGCAGGAAAGAGUAGGACUUCAUUCACUAAGGACUAUUUCUGGACCAAUUCCGUACUCAAGGAGACGAUCGGAGCGGGAUUCUCGCAAUCGAGAAGAACCGUACAAAGCGCGGGGACGACGGGUUCCAAUACAAGCUCUGCCGCUGCCACACCAGCGUCGACUGAAGAUGUGCUGCCUCACCGACGCCGCAAGGCUGCGAAGCAACAAGCAUUGUCGGAAGAGGAAUCUAAGUACCCAAUUGCUCUAGAUGCUUCGUCCAGACUGGCAACUGUUUCAUCGAACCUGCCACAGCGAUCCCUACGACGACUUUUCACCACUUACCUCUCCCUAUCGAAGCCUCGCCUCAGCUUCCUCGUAGUCCUCUCGGCUACUGCUGCUUACUCCUUGUAUCCUGUUCCAGGUCUUCUAGCUCCUGCAGCAACAGCAACGCCCUCUUUGUCCACCCUCACACUCUUUUUCCUUACCUCCGGUACCGCAUUAUGCUCGGCCUCCGCAAACGCCUUCAACAUGCUCAUAGAGCCCGCACAUGACGCCAAAAUGAGCCGUACUCGCAACCGGCCCCUCGUCCGCAAGCUCAUCAGCACUCGAGGCGCUAUGGUCUUCGCAGUCGCCUGCGGAAUCGUCGGAACGGGUGCUCUAUACUACGGCGUCAAUCCCACCACCGCAUUCCUUGGCGCGGCCAACAUCUUCCUAUACGCGGGCAUCUACACGCCAAUGAAACGGAUGUCGGUUUUGAACACAUGGGUUGGCGGAAUCGUGGGUGGAAUCCCUCCCCUCAUGGGCUGGACUGCAGCGGCGGGACAAUGUGCACACGAGGGAACAUGGCAGGAGCUACUAUUUGGAGAAGGGACGGCGGGAGGGUGGCUGUGUGCAGCCUUGCUCUUCGCAUGGCAGUUUCCGCACUUCAACUCCCUGAGCUGGUCCAUCCGCGACGAAUACAAGAAUGCAGGGUAUCGAAUGCUGUCGUGGGUGAACCCGGCCCGAAAUGGCCGUGUGGCCCUGCGCUAUUCGAUCCUCAUGUUUCCAAUCUGCAUCGGCCUCUCGUACUGCGGCGUGACGGACUGGAGCUACGUCGUCACGAGCAGCGCAAUCAACGGGUGGAUGACUUGGAAGGCGUGGCAUUUCUGGCGCGAGAGCGGCCACAAGGGCUCCGCCAGGGGACUGUUCUGGGCAAGUAUCUGGCAACUUCCGAUCGUCCUGGUUCUGGCCAUGGCGCAGAAGAAGGGAUUGGCGGAGCGUGUCUAUCGGAGCAUCUUUGGGUUCUCGGACGACGACGACGAUUUCUACUAUGACAUCGAGGAUCUGACCGAGGAGGAGAGGAAUGCAGUUUUGGUUGGCGAAAACAACUCUUCGAGGUAG